AUGCCUCGUAAACUAGCUGCUGGAGUCUACCAUGACGUCCCAGAUUAUCAUAAUGAUGUCAUCAGAUGCUUCGCUCAGUACAACUCGCCUGGUUCCCCCCGUGGCACAAGCGUCCUACUACAGCCCAUGAAAGGCUAUGUUACUGAUUGGACUGAACAUAGGCUGCGCGUGACCUACCAGGACAUCGCGAAUGACAACACCAAUCACGAUGUGGGCUAUUUCUUCCCAUCUGAUCGUAGGAACGCGUGUUUCGCCGACAGAGAUCGCUUUAUCAAGGCUCUCACUGGUGAGAAAGAGCUCUUCAGUCGGUUCGCUGUCGUACGCAAUGGCCGCCUGAUUUGGAAUAUGGGCAUUGAGCACGUUGAUGGGGUGGUUAAGAGACUGAGCCAAAUUUCAAAAGCUGGUUCUGAUCAGAUGCUAAAGGCUGAGCGGAGCGCCCGGUUGUGGUACAGAUCUUACACCAAUGAUCUACAGGAACACCAAGACUCGUUCACAGCGCAACCUGAUCAUGCUAGGCAAGAACUUGACUAUUCUAAGGACCUAUCACAAGUCUGGCGCGCUGUCCGGAAUGGGCAAGCUCAUCCCGCACUCAAUUGA